UGACCCGAUCAUGCCUGCAGCGAAACGAGACAGACCUAACAUGUUUUGCCAAUGAAAGUGGUGAUAGUGCUUUUGGGGAUGUGGUAGAAGAAUACUACAUAACGUCUGCUUCUGAGUGUCCAAGUUGUAGCAACCAUGUGGAGUGUUAUUCCAUGUGCAUCAGACCUACUCUGUGAGUGGGUAGCUAAAAAUGGGCAUUGCACAAGGAGAUAUCGUCACAAAGAUGGCAUCUGGAAUGCCAGCAACUGCAGACCACCUUGUCAUCAUCGCAGAGAUUGUGCAGAAUGCAUUGCUGAAACUGGGGAGUGCGCCUGGUGUGAGAACACACACACAUGCCUGCCGUUUUCAGACUAUGUCACCCGCUACAUCUAUGGGCAGUGCACCAGCUGGGUUGACACUAUUACAGUAGGUGGUGGAUGCCACAAUUGUUCCAUGCACACAGACUGUCGGUCCUGUCUGGCAGCGUUUAGCUGUGGUUGGUGUGGGAAUGACAUCAACCCCAACAUAGGUGUCUGCGCGGAUGGAGACUUUGUGGGUCCAGUAAACAAUCAGUCUUGCUCAGCAAUGAUAGCUGAAGCAAAGAAAAUUUCCCCUGAAGAUUCAGCAUCCUGGUCCUAUGAUCACUGCCCUGAUGUAGAAGAGUGUCGUCUUGGUCUUCAUAACUGUCACCCAAAUGCCACAUGUUAUAACACCUUUGAAGGAUACGAAUGUGAAUGCAACAGAGGGUUUAGCGGCAAUGGAAGGGAUUACUGUGAUAAGAUAUGUUACCAUGACUGCCGCCAUGGUCAUUGUUCUGGCGCCCAUGACUAUGUCUGCAUAUGCAACCUUGGCUGGACCAACGCUUCCUGUGAUGUUAACUGUGGCUGCAACAAUCACAGUUUUUGCUCCAAAGGUGUUGGCCACUGCGAUGAAUGCCAGAACCGGACGAUGGGGCUCCACUGUGAGCGGUGCAAGCCAGGCUCGUAUGGUCGUCCUGAAGAUCCCGAAGGCUGUCGGCUCUGUGACUGCAAUGGUCAUGGUGACCAGGUCAGAGGAGAAUGCCACAACAUGACAGGGGAGUGCUUUUGUACACACAAUACUCAAGGAUUACACUGUGACACCUGUCUAGCUGGUUACUAUGGCAAUCCCAGGAAUGGAGGCAAGUGUUACUUACGGUGUGAUCACCGCACCAUCCUUACCAACAUCUCUUCCGGUGGCCUGGGGUCAUAUCGUGGUACAGGGGUGGAAGACCCAUCUCAUGCUUACUGUAUAUGGAUCCUUACCGUCUUUCCCGUCCCAGUCAGUUCCACAGCUUCAAACUACCUCAUCUCAUUUACAGUCGAGGACGACAUGGCCAUCGAGUGUGGACAUAAUACCAUAUAUGUAUAUGAUGGAAUCCCUGGCUUCAUAAAUGGGACUGAGCAUGACUCAGCAAAGCACCUUGCCUCAAUCUGUGGAAUUGACCCUGGGCGAAAUAUCACAGUGUAUGCCUACUCUGGGAUCAUAACCAUCUACUUUGAAGGAGACCUCCAUUCACACCUGAAUCGUGGUUUUAAUGCCACCUACAAAGCAGUUGAGUGUAAAGGUGGAUGUCGCAGUGGUCUCGAUCAAGUCCAGUGCAUGAACAGGCAAUGUGCCUGCCCACUGGGAUUCUUUGGGCCCAAUUGUAACACAGAGAUGUGUCCCAAGAACUGCUCUGCUCACAGUGGACAUGGCCGAUGCGACAUGAUCCAUGGUAUGUGCCGCUGUGAGCCUGGUUUUGCCGGCCCUGCUUGUGACAGCAUCCUUGGCAGCAACCUUCCACACCUAGAAAUACUGGUAGACAGCAGUCGCCUGCACCACAAAGCAUCAGCACCCGUUGGGCGGGUUGGGCACAGCAUGGUGUCAUGUGGAAACAGCCGCCUGUAUGUUUUUGGUGGCUACCACCUAGAGAAGGGCCUUCUGGAUGACAUGUGGCUUUACAAUACAGUUACAGGCAACUGGACACAGCUUCACCAUCCAACCAAGGCUCACCCUCGAGGAAGAUAUCAUCAUGCCGCUGCCUGUGUACCGUUUAGAAAAGAGAUUUACAUCUAUGGAGGUUUCGUCACAUCAGAAAGAAAUGGUGGACCUUCUCAACCUACUAAUGAGCUCUGGAAAUUCAACAUUGAGUCACAUGUGUGGGCACUAGAGCAGUCACCUCCCUGGAUGCCUUCACUAGUUGGUCACACUCUGACAUAUGUUGGAGACAACAAGCUAGUACUGAUUGGAGGAUUUUCAUCACGUGUCUACUUCUCAAAUAAAGUGUAUGAAUAUGACACCAAUGGGGGUCUGCUGGCAUGGCGGGAGUACCCCCCUGAGAAGAUGGAAGGAGCAAUCCCAAUAGGUCUGUAUGGCCACAGCGCUGUCUUUCAUGAAAAGUCAGGGACCAUCUACUUAUAUGGAGGCUACCUCUUCCAGUCAGACAGCUGGACCAUUUCCAAAGAACUGUACUCUUAUGAUAUCUCUGAGCGUGAAUGGAAUUUGCUUCAUCCUCAUGAAAUGAGCGAGUGGGAGGACCGAGCAUUCCACACAGCAGUUGGCAAAGAAGAUGGGAUGGUUGUGAUUGGUGGUCUCAAUGGUCAGGGUACCUAUGGCAUCAGUCUACUGGUCUAUCGCUACCGCUGCAAUAUGUUUCACCGCGUGCAGGUUGCAGAGUUUGAAGAGGCUCAGCAGACAGCAGCUGUGACUGGAGUCAGAGCUGUGGUAGACGGUGGACACAUCUACAUGUUUGGGGGCUUUGUGGGACACUCCUUGGGUACUCUGUCCAGGCUGACGCUGCCAGAUGACUUGUGUGCAAUCUUUACAGAGGAAUCUACAUGCAACAACAUCUCGGGUUGUCAGGCGUGCUUACGAAUGGCAUUUGACAAGUAUGGAAGCAACACGACAAAGGCAGUGUGUUACUCCGUCAGUAGACAGAGGCCCCCAGACUGUGAGCCAUCACCUGUCAGCCGAGAGAAUAAACAGUGUGAUACUUCUUGGCACAAACGUCGGCAUUGUAGUCGAUACUUGAGUUGCACCAAGUGUCUGUCCAGAUACCCUCAGUUCAAGACUGUUGAACAGACAUGCCGGUGGUGCUCCAACUGCCCAACAGGCCGGUGCAUUCCUGUCGACCAGAACUGCCCUCAGGAUCUAGACUGCAGCAGUUUUACAGACCGCAAGUUCCAGCAUGUUGGAGAAUGCUAUGAAUUCAUGUGUCCAGCUGCAGACUGCGAGACUUGUUCACACCUGAGCAAGCCCUGCCUUUGGACUCGCCAUUUUAAGCGCUCUGGUGAUUUGACACGGUACUUUAGCAAAACUCCCAUGUAUGACUGGACUUGUGUCACAAGUAAUAUGCACCCUUCCACGAACAGCUUGUUUGAGAGCUACCCUCCAGGCAAAUGCCCGCCUCGCUGUUAUCAGCACACCAACUGUUAUGACUGUCUCCAGUCUCAAGGAAUUGAAGGAGGGUCCCAGAUGUGUGUUUGGAGUGAAUCUCUUCAGGAGUGCAUGCCCCCAGCCUACCUCCCCUUGAGGUGUUCGUUUGGAGAAUGUGGUUACAUUCGAUCUGGAGGAAAGCGUGGAACUUGCCCAGAGCCCUGUCACAAUAAAACACAGUGUGCUCACUGCAUCACGACCCCCAACUGUGGAUGGUGUGCUUUUGGCGUUAUGAAUGGGCAAGGACUGUGCAUGCGGGGUGGACUGAAGGGACCCAUCGUGGGAAUCUGUGUGGAUGGCAACAUCAGCAGCGACCAGAAGUAUAUUGCCUCAGCAGUGGAGUCCCCAGCAGAGAGUCGCAAUUAUUUCGAGUCUGUGCGACCCUCGUGGGCCUUCAGUACUUGCCCAACGGAGAAUGAGUGUGAGAAUGGACACGACACGUGUGACCGCAAGACGCAGGACUGUUACGAUACUUUCACCUCCUUCCGAUGCGAGUGCAAACGAGGCUACAUAAAGAACGCUGGUGGCAGAUGUGAACCAGUGUGCCAUCAAGGCUGUGUACACGGCUCCUGUGUUCAACCAGACGUGUGCCAGUGCCACUUUGGCUGGGUGGGGGAUAACUGCUCAGUUGAGUGUCAGUGCAAUAAACACAGCAACUGUCGUAGUGUCACUGAGACCACUGACUGUGUCAAGUGUGAGAACAACACUAUGGGGAACCAGUGUCAGGAUUGCAAGCCUAAUUUUGUGGGAGAUCCACAGAGUGGCGAGCCCUGUAUUCCUUGCCGGCAGUUCUGUAACAACCAUACAGAUAUUUGUGUCAGCAAAGAUGUCCAUGAUGUGUCAAAGCUUAUUUCAAAUGACAGAAUGAAUCCUCGACAUAUGGUACCCUGGGAGGAGUACUACAGGGGAGAUAAACCUAAGCGGGGACCAUACAAGGAGGAAGCCAUAUGCGUCAAGUGCGAGCACAACACAGAAGGCGAGCAGUGUGAAAAGUGCACAGAUGGUCACUUCCGUAAACAGGGCGAGCCCAAGACUCAGCGUUGUCUGCCGUGCCAGUGCAAUGGACAUAGCAACACAUGCAACAAAGACACCGGUGAGAACUGUGUUUGCCAGAACAACACCGAGACAAACUGUGAACCCAAGGAGGGACUGGAGUGCUGGCAGCUGCAGUGCUCGCAGUGUAAGGAAUAUUUCCUGGGCACGCCAACCAAGGGCCAUCAGUGUUACAGACAGAUGCAGGUGGACCUGGAGUACUGCCUUGACCCCGUGUCACAGACAGAUUGUCUACACAACCCCGGUGCUUUGCUUCCAGGCCGUACAGUCUUUUAUGCUGUACAACCCAAGUACCUCAAUGUUGACAUACGCAUCACUAUUGAUGUUACAGAAGGAGGGUCUGAUGUGUUCUUUUCCAAUCGCGAGGACAUGUUCCAAGUGGUAGUGGACAGUUCAACGGGCAUUCACUAUGUCAAAGUGGAUCCCCAGUUCAGCAACAUUGACAUUGACAGCUUGCCUCCAGUCAGUGCCAACCAGCGCCACCGCCGCAGCGCUACGGUCACUGCCAAUGGCUACAACUUUCAGCACAUAACGGCCAGCAGCCUCAACACCUACAUCACCAUCAGUGAAGUGAACACAAUCCUGGUUGUGAGGAAUGUACAGUUUCGGCUGGUAAUCACCCUGCCGGAGCAAGACCACAACCUGCGUGUGUCACGCUUUUACAUCAUCAUCCAGAGUCGAGGGGACUAUGAGAGGCAGCAGGAUAAAACCUUCGGGAUCUUGUACUUCCGACAGGACCAGCCUCACAUUGACUUGUUUGUGUUCUUCUCGGUCUUCUUUUCGUGCUUCUUCCUCUUCCUGGCCCUGUGUGUCAUGCUGUGGAAGAUGAAGCAAGCCUUCGACGCCCGAAGAUCACGCCAACUUCGAGAGCGGGAGAUGGAGUGCAUGGCUUCACGACCCUUUGCCAAAGUGUUGGUGCUGAUUGAACCUGAGGAUGGGUGUGGUGGUGGCGGCGAUGACAGUGGGGGAGUGGAAGUCAUAGGAACUGGUUUUACUGGCGGAGGGGGAGGGCUGAAUCUGAGCUUGAUGGGCACAGGGGGCGGACCCAUAUUCAUGCCGACAUUCCACAGUCGGCGAGGACGUCUGUCGCGCCCAGCCUUGAGGCUGUACCAUCCCAUGGAACUGUCCCCAACACACGUCUUGCCGCUGCGCACACAGCAUUUGAGUGUGGUGCCCAUCGCUGUGGAGCCCACAGAUGAUGGAGUGGCAGCAGUUGGCACGGUGCUGUUUCAGCUGCCCGGUGCUUCACAGGCACCGUGCCAGCUGUGCAUGGGCUCCACUCUCACGAUGCGCAUAUCCCAACCACAGACAGCUCAUAAGCCUCAGCAGCGUCGCCAGGCAAAUGCUUCUGCUUGUUGACCUGUCAUUCAUGUAGCUAAAAGUGUAGUCCACAUUUUUCGUAAUUAGGAGGAGAAAAAGCCCACUUUGUUGAUUCCUGAAAGCUAGGAGACAGCCAGAAUGGGGUUCCCUUGAUGUGGUGCAGAGGUCUGACACUUUUUUAAGGGGUACUUAACAGAGGAUGCUUUUGGUGAAUACACUAUUUUGGGUCAGUGCUGACACUUGGUGAUCAUUGCAAAAUUUGUGUGUAACUGUGUCUGAUGUGUUGCUGGCAUUUGACAGACCAAGUGGCAAGAAUUCAGGCCUUGACUCUUGGCAGGCGUUGCAGCCUCUGCCCAAAUAAACCUAGUCAAUGCACAUACCUCAUAUGCCUGCACACGCUGACAUGCAGAUGGCUACGGAAGAAAUGCUGUUCUGCUUAUAGUGGUUUCCUUCACCUCUGCUGGAGAUGCCAUUCAACUUAGACAUCCAUUGUUCUAAAUGCACAGGCCAACAGUCAGAACGUAUGCAAAGAGAAGGAGCUUUGUUCCCCCCUCCUCCAUGGGUAGGAGCAAGGGUGCUUUUUAUUUGCACUACUUUCUUUUGCAACUCUUUACAUGUGUGUUGAUAACUUUUAGUACCUGUGGACAUGCCAAGUAUGUAGCAGUAAGAAAUACAUGAGGCAAAAUAGUCGUUUGGCUCAUGCCUUUGGUUGCAGACUUGUUCACAGCUAGUUUAGCUUGCAGUGAAUCAAAAGAAGCAGACGUUUGUGAGCAAAGUAUAAACAGAAUCAUUCUUCCUGACUGUUAGCUUCUCAUCCCCAUACUCACCAGUUUGCUGACGGAUGGGAACAAUGUAUUGACAGAAGGGGAAAACAAAAGAGGAGAAACUAGUAGACCCUAGUUGUUUCUACUUCAGCAAAAGAUAAUACACGUCGGCAGGCACCUCUGUCCAGGCCGACAAGAAGUUAAGUUUUGAUACAUCAGCUGUGCACAUAAACAAGAAGGCUACGCUGUUGUUGAGAUAAGAUUUGUGGGGGUGAGGGUGGGUUUUUCAACCAUUUGUAAGUGCUACAUGGUAUGUGUCGAGCAGGUUGGUGUCAAAUUUUGGAAAGUACAAGAAAUAAUUCAUCGGCAAGGACAACUUGGAGGAAGAUAUAAAAGUGGUUAGGAAGCCGAACAUGAGAGAAGACAUGUUGUAAGCCUGAUUUGAAGGCCUGAGAAAAGAUCUGAUGUGGAUGUUGUGGGUGUGCUGAAGCAGGUGGAGAACUGCUAAGGCAGAUGACAGGAGCCCUGUGCUCAAAACCUGCUCUGGUGGCUCUUAGGCACUGCCUUAGUCUGCUUGGCUGAUGACUUUGUGUUCCUGGGCACAGUGGAAUAAUCUUGGUAUUCUUGUCAUAAUUUUGCCUCAAAUUGUGUUCAUUCUUUAUUGUGGAAUUUUUGAAGUUGAGUGUCGCGAGAUUAUUCAAAAAAAACAAACAAAAUGUCAUUCAUCAGUGUGUCUGUGAUAAGGGCUCACAAAAUCAUGCUCACAUUUGCUCCUGCUCUCCCCCUUUUUUUUAGGUUAUAUUUACUGACAGAAAUCCAGUGAAAAUCUGUCUCCCAGAUUCUUUCUUUCUCACUCUCCGCAUCAUAACAUGAAUACAUGCAUGUACACACACACACGCACACAUUUGGUCACUCGCUCUCGCGCCCACAUGCCCUUGGCAACGUGUUUGCGACUUUAAAAGCUUGACUGUGGAUCACACCUGUUGCAGUCUAACACUCACUUUCAGGCAUUUGGAAACAUAAUAAGUCCAGCAUAUCAUUUUACUAAUUCAUUCUUCUGGUCACUCAUCAUAUUCUCAAGCUAUCUGGUUGCUGCCUCAUGAAGCAUUUGGGUUGUUCAUUUCAUAGUUUAAUGAGCAAGAAAUUUGUGAAGUCACUUGUAGGCCAGUUUGUGGAAGUUGUGUUGAAAUAACUUUAUGUAUAUGAAAUUAUUAAUGAAAUUAUAUGCUAAAAAUUUUUAGAUACUCUCAAAUGUGUUAAAUGAAUACAUUACAACCUACCUUUUUGAUACCUUUAGAACUACUUGCUUUUCACUCACACCACCAUUUUUAGAAAGGUUAGUAUUUGUUCUUCGUGAUAUUUUUAAAGCAUUAUUCAUUUUUAAUUUUGGCUUCUGUGGUAUUUGAACUCAUAACUAGAGACAGAACAAAUAUAUGUUCAUACUUUUUUUUUGUGAAUUGAAUUUAGACUUUCACUAUGGAAUAUAAUCAUUGAGAUAUUUCUCUCACUCUUUUUUUUAAGAAUUUGAUCAAUCACCAUCAUGAAGCAUGCAAUACUGAUUUUUUUGGUUUUUGUUUUUGUUUACAUUUUAUGAGGGAAGUAGGUGGGAAGUAUUUUUAACAGCCUUUAUUGCAGAAAAAUAUAAGGAAAGGGGGUUUUGAAGGGUACUAGAGGACCCCCGGUUCCUUGAAAGUCUGUGCAGGCAUAAUGGCAUAAUUGUGUUUUGCAUCGCUGUUGGAAAGUCUCUGAGUUUGAUUACCUGAAGCAUGCCUUAUUGCUUGCCUCUUCAAAAGAACUUUUUGAGCAUGGCAUAUAGUCCUGUGCUGCUGUUGCAAGGCCCCUCUCCAGCUGAAGUUAUAAAAUUAACAAGUUCAGCUAUCAUUGCCAUCACGUCCUAUUAUUAGCAAGUAAUACAAUGGUUACCAUAGAAUUGUUAUCAGCAUUACAUUGUCAUGUUCAGGUACUGGAUGUUAUUGCUGUCAUCAUGAUUUACAAUCUCCUUUUUUUAAAAAAAAUUUUCACCAGCAGAUGGUUUUUUUUUUUUUUCGUUCAGUGCAGGAAACAGGUGCUGUUGAACCAUUAUUUUAUUCAAGUGUUAAUAUGUAUACAUAAAGGUAAAUACAUGAUUUAGAUACCUGAUACCUGGUCAGGCACUCAUCCCAGUUGUGAACAAACCCUAGAAUUAGUUUGGAGUUGACAGGGUGGUGUGCACAAGAUAGGUCCCACUCACAGCCUACAAAUGCAGAAGGCAUACAGAUGUGUGCUAAAAGCUCCAAGUAAGUGCUAAUAUCCUGUUUCUUGAGUGCAAAGAUUUAGUUUUUCUCCUUGCAGAAUAAUCCUAUCGCUGUAGUGAAGGACAUGCUUUUCAGCGGAAUAGUUUGUGAACAGUGACGCUAGCAGGAACUGCCUUAUGGCUGUGGUUCUUUGCAUAAGCGCUAGACUUUUAAAUUCACAGUUGAAUGUUGCUUUCAAAAGCUUCAGAUCGUGGCAUGUUGAAUUAGAUAUUGAGUUAUGCAUUCAAAAUGCCAAUAUGAUGGUGCAAUGAAACACCUGAAUUUGUAAUGAACAAAUGUGUUGGGCAUAAUGUGUUAGUGCUCCUUAAAUAGCUUUCGUCUUGAUGGACAAAACAUAACAAAAUGAUAAUGCUGCAUUUAUUUGACCAAAUAUCUGUUGAACAUGGACACCUUCCACCUUCUGACUAAACGUUAGCAAACUGACCUCCAUUCAGUGCUAGUUACAAAAUUAUUUUUAGCACUACAUCACCUUGACCAUUGUGUUACUGCUAACAUAGGUGUAAAUAAAUGUCUCAUCACUAAGAUCACAACUUUGUUUUCAUGGCAAUGAUUCACACACACACAAAAAACAGAUUUGUUCUUGUAGAAAGGAGAAAUAUGUGUCGGAGUGUAGUCAGGUUAUUGGUGGACAUUUGUGUUACAUUUCAUUUUAGACGAGCACCAUCUGCUUGGUUUGUUUUGACAUCUCUUUAGUUAAAUAAGAUAUUUAUCCCAAAGAGCAUUUUGUGUGUGCUGGCACGCACUCUCAUACACACUCGUGGAUAAAGUGUUUUUUUUAGGUAUGCAUAGACAAACAAGAAGGAAAGAGGACUAUAAUGGUGUGAAGCCAAUCAGAAGCUUGACUAGGCAUCUAGGUAAGAUGUUGCACAGGACACUAGUGAUAUCAUAUAUAACAUAGGUGUGAUGGUGGUUGGGAGAGCAAUGAUACAAGAGAAAGAAGAGGCAGGUUUUAAGGGUUUUCAAAUACUGUUGUGCAAAGAUAGUGUUGCUAUCGUCUGUGAAGUUGCUGCUUUGAGGGUGUGUAAUUGUGGUGGGAUGUUGAAUGUUUGUCUAGUCACUAUACAUGCAGAGCAUGGUAGCAGAUAUUGACUGUGUGUGCAAGUCAUGCUCAGAAUGAGCCACUUAUUGACAGCAGUGUGUGUUUGAUAUUUGAGAGUAGCUGUGGGCAUUAUCAUACUUAUGUACAGGGCAACAAGUUUUUUUUUGGAAGUUCUGCACUGUGUACUUUUUGCAGAACACAAUCUGCAUUUUUCUUUUGAAAACUGACCUAAAAUUCAUUUUUGUGCCUUUGUGUGGUCCAUUUUGAGUUGUGUAGUGUUUCAUUUCACUCAAGGUGUAUCUCAUAGAAGUAUCAAAGAUAGGUAACUCUAGCCCUUGAUUAUGAACCUCUGCCCUUGAAGAUAUAUUAAUGUGCAACAGAGACAAGUUGCAGUGUUUUUGUGAUUUCCUUGGUCAAGACUAUCUUAAUAAUAAAAUUUUUAUUGGGUGAAUGCAAGUGUAAUAACAUAGAUGUGGAGGAAUAAACUGAAGGAGGGCGCAUCAAAUACAGGUUCUUAGAGAUCUGCAUUAGCUAUAAAAACUUGGCAUUAAAUUAUCCCUCAUAUACUGUAUUUAUCUCUUUGAAGAACUUGAGAACCGCUGUUAUCAUCUUGAGCCACCUUUGUUAGAGAGAGGACAGAGUCAUUUGAGGAGUGAGCACUUUUUACUCAGUCCUCCUUCCUGAUGUUUCAACCGGUCUUUUCUUUCCCAUGAAAUACCAAAAGCUUUGACUCACUAUCCUCAGACUUACUGUUAUUUAUCUCUUGUUUCAACUGGGCCUACCUACUUAAAUUCUGAUAAUUAUGUGAGAAUUUUUUCGGUUUGAUAAUAAUGAGGGAAGGCAGACCAAAGCUUGUUCUUAUAGACUGCACCACGGAUUAACAUACAGCCUGUACAUUCUUUCUUUUUGAAGGAUUUAGUCAUGGCUUGAAGAAAGCCUUGAAAAGCAUUAUUAGUAAAUCAAAGGCCUGCCAUGAAGUGGAGAGUUGGUGCUGGAAAAAAGUCAAUCUUCCUUUUCUGGUUUCUUUUUUUAAUGAGCCGGUCAGCACACCUGGCAGGUAGUAAUCUGGCUCUCAUUGUAUGUCCGUGCUUUGUUUGGUCUUUAGAUAUCACUCUUCAUGUGCACAGUGGUGGUUCCAUUUGUACCAUGUUCAUGUUUCAUAUCAUCAAAUGCAAUUCAAAUGUAUCAAGUAUUUGUGCUGGUCAUGAAUGUUUUUUGUAGAAGUAUGUGUGGAGAAAUGUGUUAGCACACCUGGGUGUUAAUCUACCCAAGUGCAGAUGUCCCAUGCCAUAUCUGCAGAAAGAAGGUAGAAAAAAGUCUUGUUGACAGCUGAUGUACAUAUCGUGUUUGAGAACGCUUAUGACAGUCAAGCCAUGCAUUCUGACAGGCGAUUUGAUGAGGGCAAAAGUAUUAUAUGUGUACCCCUGCUGGUGGUCGAAUGUAAUUCAUUUGUGUGAAACAGAUUUUGUGUGUGAUUCAAUUGUAUAUAUGUAAUGUUUUAUAUGAGGGGUAUCGCACUGUUGUGUUGCAGCAAACUAAUGGUUAUAGCAAUGAUGAGCUUUUACAUCAUGUGCAUACCGAUGCAGGUUUUUGUUUUGUGGGUGGGUAUGUGAGUGGGUGAGAGCCUUAAGAACACUUUGAUCCUCUGCUCAUUGAAUGAUUGCUUUGCUGUGCUGUACUGGAGAGUAGUCCAACAUUGGCUUUGCCUUUCUUCUUUCUCUUCUAGAUGUCCGUUUAUAAUUGCUGGCUUAUUAUCAAUAGAACCCUCUUAAGUUCGCUGUAAAAUACAAGUGCAGUCCGGACUGGCCUAAUAAUUUACAGGCCACCAAUUUGUUUUCAAACGCAGUCACUUUUUCUCUGAUAAAACAUGACAAGAUUAUGGAAAAUUGCAGAGUGCAAUAACCUGUUUGUCAUAAGAGCAGUAAUAGUAUUGUCUCCAUUAGAUGGGGCAUGUUGGCAUCUUUAUUGAAGUUGUAUUUGUGCAAACAAUUUGUAAGCAGACAAGAUGGCUACUGAAUAGCAUGGUUCCGAGGAUCUGCAACCCUUGCUAUCAGCCUUUUCUCAACAAUGCCUUGGCAUUGAUGCAUCUGGGCAUUCUUUUUUUUUUUUCCUUCCUAGGCGACCUUAUUGAGGGAAAAAGUCAUCAUCCUGUUCAUCUAUUGUUGACAGCACAGCUCAUUAUAAAACUCUUGGUAGCUGUGUAGAGCAUCGGAGAAGAUGCAAGUCGUUUUUCUGCUACAAUGUUUGAUGCAUACCUGCCAGUCAAUGUUGAGACAGAUGUGUGUUGAGAGGACAGGGUCAGAAGUGUUAUAAUCAAACAUUGCUAGUUUCUUAGGAUGGGGAGGAAAAGAUUUCACCCUUUUUUGUGAAAUUGUCUAUGAUUGCCCACAUUGGAAUGGGUUUUAUUUACUGCAGAAGUGCAAGAGGUUGGGAAAGCCAUUAUGUAUCAUUAAAAACAGCAUGCUCAUGCA